AUGGUUUUCUUCACACAAAUGCAUGCGAUCCAUCUUUCCAAUCCAACAGAACAAAUCAAGAUCAUGAAGAUAGGUGGUCUAAUCACUACGUACGCCUUGGUAUCUUUCUUCUCUGUGGCCUUUCCGGGCGCUGCAGUGUACAUGCAUCCCUGGCUGGAUGUGAUCGAGGGAUCAGCCCUGGGAUGCUUCUUCCUUCUUCUUUGCGACUACAUCUCUCCCAGUCAGGAGCAGCGCGAGGUAUACUUCGCGACAAAACCGAAAUGCGGCAUCAGAUGGUUCAAGCUUCGAUGGCUUCAGAUCUUUCAAUUCCCCAUUAUUGCAUUGAUUCUGGCGAUCAUCACAAACAUUACCGCAGCUACAGGGGCUUUUUGCGAAUGGCGAAGAACGCCUGGAUCCCUCAGUUUCUGGAUCCGCAUAAUAGGGGCAGUUUCUCUGGUGAUGGCGAUGGUAUCUAUUCUUCAGGUUUAUGGCGCCACCAAGGUUGAUCUCGCCCGUCACCGCCCUCUUGCAAAACUAUUCGCAUUCAAGGCAGUCGUUGGCUUGACUUUCAUCCAGACACUUAUCUUCUACAUCCUCACCAGCACGAAUGCACUGAAGGAAACCGACACGCUCACUUUCGCCGAUGUGAAUAUCGGCAUUCCUAAUCUCAUUGUGUCUAUUGAGAUGAUCCCGCUCUCCAUCUUCUUUCUCACCGCCUAUCCAUGGAGCGUCUAUCUCGUCGACAAUUCAAGCGGCAGGGCCUCGCCGGAUUCCCAGAAUUCCAUCCAUUACAGCAAGCCUUACCAGGGUGGCCCUCUGGGGAUUUAUGCAUGGAUGUAUAUGCUCAGUCCUAUUGACGAGCUGAAGGCCGCUGUAUUUGCUGUACGGCAGUUCUUUACCGACCGCGUCCCCGGGCGAGCAAACGACUCUCAUGAGAUGGAGAAUGUCCCUCUUGCUUACCAGGGACAGCGCAUGGGUCCUUGA